AUGAGUGUGAUGGUAGCAGUUGUGUUUAAGGAUGGAGGAUGGAAAAUAAAAAGCAAGUGUCAGGCCCUCAAUGCCGUCACGAAGAGGAGGGGACUAUGGGAUGGUGCAGGGUUACCAAUUAUGCUGGCUGGGUUGCAAGAGCCAACUAAUGGUCCCCAGGCUAGAGAGCCUGGGAUUGCUAGACAGCAGAAGAGCGGGCCCACCCUUCCACCAUCCCAAUCCAUAUUCCUGCACCCAAGAGAAAAAAGAGUGUGCACAGCCUCAUAUGGGUUUUAUACCCAACUGGUGCUAUCUGGAAUUACGGUAAAACCACCUGUAUAUAUAUGA